UUUGUAAUGCACAAUAUAUAUUUACAAUUGCUGUUUAGCCUACAUUAUAAAUAUAACGUAACUGAAUUAUGGGAUGCAUUUUAUUCAAAGCAAUGCAUAUUACAGCAUAUUAUUUCUUUCUUAUUUCUUUCUGAUUGCUUGAGGGGCGCAGGUGCUUCCCUCCAAAGCCUCAUGAAUAUUCUCACUAUUCUCACUUAUUCAUGGAAAUGGUUCAUACGCAUUCAAAGUUGGACAGCAGCUGGUAGCUACAUCAUGAUGCAAAAGAGGGAUUCUCCCAGGAUCUGAAGAAAUUGCUUGAUGCUUUACUCCGCGUUCACUUUCAUUUUCACAGCUUCAAAAAAUAAAUAAAUAAAAAACUCGGUUGUUUAGACAAAAUUGGUUUAUUAACAAAAUCCGCAUGCAACUAAUGCAAUUCGAGCGCGCUGGAUAUUUUCAUUAGAGCAGAACGACUCGUUUGGAUGAGCGCCUGACACUGAGACAUAGACAUUCAUCACACGGACACAACUGAAGCGAGGCGAGCAGACCAGAGCGAAAACGCCACAGCAGCCCGCGGCACUCAGGAACACAGAAUGGGACAUGCACACAGGAGCAUAAGAGGAUGCACUUUUCUGCUCUGGGUCGCCACACUCCUGCUGUUAGCGGAGAGCAGAAGAGGCAAGCAGCCCAGAUGCCCCUCUGGAUGCACGUGCACCAAAGAUAACGCCUUGUGUGAAGAUGUGAGAUCUGUGCCACACAGCUUCCCUCCCGAUGUCGUCUCACUAUCAUUUGUGAAGUCUGGGUUCACUGAGAUUGCAGGGGGAAGCUUUCUCCACACACCAUCCCUUCAGCUUCUAUUGUUUACAGCCAAUUCUUUCGACUCCAUCGACGAAGAUGCUUUCCAAGGCCUGCCACAUCUGGAAUAUCUAUUUAUUGAAAACAACAAAAUUGAGUCGAUUUCGCCCCAUGCCUUUAGAGGUUUGAAAUCUCUCAUUCACCUGAGUCUUGCCUACAAUAAUCUUGAGACGUUGCCUAAAGAUAUUUUCAAAGGAAUGGAUGCCUUAACAAAAGUAAAUUUGUGUGGCAACAAUAUAAACAAUCAAACUGUUGAGACUGGUUUAUGUGAGUGCACUGUUUCUAUGUGGAUAGCACUGAUAUAUUUAUAGUAGUGGCAAGUUGGUGUUAUGAAUAUGUUUUUGGUGAUAUGGAGAUCUGCAAGAAAGGCUCUAAUAACUGAAUCAUUGUUUGUUGCAGAGUUUGCUUUAAAGAAAACCCUUGUAUUUGAGUCCAUAUCUGUGGAGGCCUUCACGUUUGGGGAUGAUCAGUAUGUUGUAUAUGCCCAGCCCUUUUCUGGAAUAUGCAACUUUAUGGAAUGGGACCACGUCAACAUGGAGUUCAGAGCUUAUGACACCAUAGAGAGCACUUCCACAGUGGUGUGCAAGCCAAUGGUCAUCGAUAAUCACCUUUUCAUCGUAGUCGCCCAACUUUUCGGUGGCUCUCACAUUUACAAAAGGGACAGCUCUGCCAAUAAAUUCAUCAAAAUCCAGGACAUCGACAUCCUGAAAAUCAGAAAACCCAAUGACAUCGAGACUUUCAGUGUGGACGGCGAGUUCUUCUUCGUGAUAGCAGACAGCUCGAAGGCCGGCUCCACCACGGUGUACAAGUGGAACGGCAACGGCUUCUACUCUCACCAGUCUCUCCAUCCCUGGUACCGUGACACGGAUGUCGAGUAUCUGGAUAUCGCUGGCAAGCCCCACCUUAUUUUGUCUAGCAGCUCGCAGCGGCCCGUUAUCUACCAGUGGAGCAGAGCACAGAAGCAGUUCGACAGACGGACAGACAUUCCAGAGACGGAUGACGUCUACGCCGUCAAGCACUUCAAGGUGAAGGGAGAGCUGUUUGUCUGUCUGACGCGCUUCAUUGGCGACUCCAAGGUGAUGAAGUGGGACGGCUCCAUGUUUACAGAGAUACAGACAAUGCCCUCGCGGGGAUCCAUGGUCUUCCAGCCCGUCUCCAUCGGAAACUGGCAGUACGCCAUCCUAGGCAGCGACUACUCACUAACGCAGGUCUAUCAGUGGGACACCAAGAAGGGCCAGUUCGUGCACUUCCAGGAGCUCAACGUCCAGGCGCCCAGAGCAUUCUCGCUGAUAUCCAUCGACAACCGAGAGUUCCUGCUGGCGUCCAGCUUUAAAGGGAAGACGCAGAUCUACGAGCACUUGAUGAUCGACCUAAGCAGUUGAAAAGCAUGACCCUUGACACAGAGACGAGCCUGUUGUCAAACUACAUGCGUGAUCUAGCCUAGUGCUAAAAAUAAUAAUUCCAGAUGAAUGCCUCUCUAGAAACGCCCUUUGUGUCUUUCUCUGUUGUCACCAUCUGUUCUGCACUUUUCAUUUUUCCUGUUUUUUUUGUUGUCCCUUUCAACAAAAGCUAUUGUUAACAUAUUCUCAUUCUUGCCAUGUAGUCACUAAAGAGGCAUAAUAAGGAAACAAAAAAGGUCAAAUCAGUUAACUGUUGACUUAAUAACAAUCUGCCAAAUAAACUGUUUACAUUUUUACAGUGAUGUAAAUAGCCAUUUUUUACUUUUUUUUUUUUUUUUAAACAAAAUCGUCCGGUUUAACCACAUUGUGUGUGAUAGAUUUGAAGUUUUGACUUAACAAUUUCUUUCAAUAAUCAGGAUGCAGUAAACGUAGAUUUUGCUCAAUUAUUGAGCUAAAGUGAAUGUGGAAAGGGAGUUUAGGUGGUUACUGGUACUUGGUUGUUGUUUUUUGCUAGAACCAAUAAAACCUUAAGAAACAGGAGCCUGCUUUGUCGCGACGCAUGAAUUGCGUUAAAGUGUGAAUCUCAUGCAUGAAACCUGUCAAAAACGUGACGUUUACGUUCAAAGAAAGAAACAAAACCGUUCCUAAACGCUUUGUUUUCAUUAAGCGACUCAAGAGAAUAUGUGACCGUUCUCUCACGUCAUGUGUGUGAUCUUUAUUCAAACGCUGGGAAACGUCAUUGUCGUCCAACAGCAAUUCAAACGCGUUUUGUCUUCCUCUAGCGGCAGAGGAACGCAAGCACCUCUUUCUUUGAGCAAGGUUAAUUAUUUAACUUGUUGCUCGGUACCAUUUCUACCUCAAGGCAACCGUGUGUCAAGACGCGUGGUCAAGCGGACGACAUCGGGGUGCUUUAUCAUAAAGUUGACGAUGGGGACGUUGGGGAGAAAAUUGAGUUGCAAAGUCGACCAGAAGUGCCAGUGGACGCGGAUGCUGACGCUGAAGACGGCCGGCGGGUCAACGGCACUAAGUUUUACCGGGUUUGUGUGCCGGUUUGCUGUAAGAGAAACGACCCUGACCGCGAUGAGGAUGAUGAUGAUGAUGAUGAGGAGGACACGGGGGCAAACACGGUUCAGAAAGGUAAACUGAGCUUAACUCUCACACGAUGUCAUCUAUUAAAGACACACGGAUCUUGAAUUUGAUCUCCGAGCCAUCUAUUUCUUCUCUGUUUCUGUUUCUACACCUGUGUUUGACCUCUUUGACACUUUUAGUGUUAAACAGCUAUUAAGAGCAGUUACGUUCACCAUAGUAACCGCAGUUUACGCAUUUUAAAUAACUUACUUGAUGAAUAAUUACUUAAAUGAUUACUCGAUACUACUAUAAUGAAUCUACCUGCCAUAAAUAAAUAGUAAAAUUAAUCUGGAUAUUUUCUCAGGCUUUUCUUAAACAAGGAAACCACAAUGACUUGACAGUUUUAAUAAUAGCUGUAGUAGCUAUGAACCGUGGAAAAUUAACCAUGGGUUUAUUAUAGUAGCUAAAAUGUUACUGUAAAAGUUACUGUAGCAAAACCAUACUAUACUAUAAAACUAUAAAAACCAUGUAAGUGAUGGCAGGGUGGCCAUGGUGUCUUUUAAGAGUUUAUUCUGUAAAAGCUGACUAGAAGCGUUAAGUUGUAUCAAACCCGUUUCUUCUUUAAAAUUCCAUCAGUACUACUGUGGAUCUAUUAACUGUAGUAAGUGUAGAAUAAAUGGCAGGUUUACCAUGGUAACUUUAUUCUAAAAGUUUAUGAGAACAGUUACAUUGUAUCAAGCCCCUUACAUACAGUUACCGUGGUUUCCAUCUUUAAAUGCAACAGUUACUAUAAUUAUUGAUGCAACUAUAAUAAAGCUGUGGGACGUUGGUAUUUGAAACCUACCAUCAAUGAUUUGAUUUGAUUUUACAAUUUUGUAUCAAACCCCUAACACACAUUUAACUUGGUAACCUUUUAAGAAUACCUUAGAUGCUACAGUAAAUCUGCGGUAACUUUGUUUUAGCCAUAUGCCCUUAAAAUUAAACGUGAGUAAAUCAGAUUUUACCAGCACAACAUAUUUCUGAUUGUUUGUUAAUCUGUUUGAAUGUAAUCGCUUAUUAAUUUAUUGUGAUUUUACAGUAAACAUUAACUGUAGCAACUGUGGAAUAAAUGACAUGAGUUACCAUGGUAACUUCUCUUUAUAAAAGCUGACAGAACAGUUACAUUGUAUCAAGCCCCUUACACACACACAGUUACCACAGUAACCAUAGUUUCCGCCUUUUAAAAUAAACUGUGGUUACUUAUAGCCGCCUGUUAACUAAAAAGAAAGUUUAUUCAGUUAUUAAUUCUACUGUUCAAUUCUUUUAAGUUAAUAUGGAAUUUAUUUAUGUAUUUCCGAUGACAGUGGUGGCUAAUUAAUCACAGUUGUGUGUACUGUAGUACAAUAAAGUACCACAUGUCCCGUCCACUUUUCAGUAGUCUGGAUUUCAGAAGUUUAAGAAAUCUGUCUUUAGAGGUUUAUAAGUACAGUCGUUCAAAAUUGGUUCCCCAAUGGAGAAAUGAAUGGGAUUUCUACUUCCGGAACCCAACUGUUACACUCUGUUUUUGGAAAAUGGUUACCAUGGUAACUUUUGAAGGGGGACCACUUUUCACUGUAUCAGACUUGGCUGCUUUUAAUACGGUAUGACCAGGCAAGUACAUCCUUACAAAACACUGUAGAAGCUUGCUAGAGUGUUCAUAUCCAGUUGUAUUACCAUGAUACUUUGAUAUAUUGUAUACCAUGGUACUGAAUGAUUACCUUAUUCAAGUAUCAUGUACAUGGUAUUUCCACUGUAUUUCUUAAAGUGCAUUUGUAAUUUUAAGUUGUCAUCUUGUCAUCUUACAAAAAGAAAAUGGCAGAUUACAUAUUUUCACAGGGAGAGGUUAACCAGAAAUCCCUACCUGACUUUGUGGGAAUUACUACUUGUGAAUCACACCGGGAAACAGUAUCUUUUUUUCUUUCCAUAGUGUUCUCUCUAAACAGUCAGGCGAAGUUGUUUGUUUUAACUCAAACCUGUAUUGUUGAGUAUGUGUUGUGUUUCAGGGCUCAUGAUCUGUGUGUGAGGCCAGGUCCUCAAGGGACAUUUGAUACAAUUUGGCAUUUAUCCAAUGUUGGCAACCACACAACCUGAUUGAGCAUGAGCUCAGCUCACCAGCAG